AUGUGUCAUCAAUCUCCUGCUGCGACAGCUUUGGGUCUUGUAGUUACCAUAGGUGGGGUGAUGUUCGCUUUUUGGCAUAUCUGGAGUUUCGAUCGUGGUAGAUGUUUGAUUUAUCAUCGACGAGGAGCUUUCCGAUGGGUAAUCACUUGGAUGCUCAUCCUUUCCUUGAUUCUCUUUAUGAGUUGGGAUGGGCUCAACGUGUAUGUGAAAUAUACCGAAGGAUAUGCCGCUAUCCCGCUCUCGCCGACAGAGACCGAGAUCAUGCCCGUUCCGUAUCUACUGUGGUCCAAACGCAAGACAGCGCUCGUCCGUGCGGCUUACUACUGCAUGGCCAUCGGUUGGGCAUGUCUUCUUGCUAUACAUGGCGAAGAAACACUCUAUUGGAUGUACUUGAUCCGAGCUAUUCGUACUCGUGAUCCUAGAAGUUGGUUUCAAAGUUUACAAUUCAAAGUCUGGCUUGCAUGUGCUGCCAUUGGAUACGGAGUCAUGAUUGGUUGUACUCAAAUCAACCCUUCAGACCUCUUAUCAAUGGAAGAAAACCUCUUUUUAGCAGGAUCAAUUUCCGCUCUUAUCCUCAUGAUCAGUAGUUUUUGGCUCAUCUCCGUUUUCCCUGGUUUCAUCCGUGAAUCGAUUAAACAAGGUGCCAAUCCGGACGUCAUUGCAAGAUUACAAUAUUUCAAAGAACUCAAUACCGUUCGAACUUUCCUCAGAGCUGUUUAUUCAGUUGCUAUCGCUACACUUGCUUUUGAUGGAAAGACGAAACAUAGGUAUAUCAAUACCACUCCCUUCUGGUCCGAUAUGUUAUUCAUCAUUGGGAUGACCACAAUUUUCGCUAGCACAGCAAUCAGUAUAAUGAUCCUUCUCCCACGUUCAAUGGCACAUGAAGCGGGAGUUCAUAAACAAACCCCAGUAUUCGUUCAACAACAAAGAUACAAUAACGCUUAUCCACCUCAUCCAUAUCAAUAUCGUCAUGAUCCUGCUUCCGUAGAUUCGGAAUUGGCAACACCUACAACUGCAGAAUUUGCCUUUAUCGAUCCUUGGGGUGUAUUGAACGAAAGAUUGAAUUUGGAUAAAAUGGAAAUGACUAAAUUCGCCGAGAGUCAAAUUGAGAGUCAUGCCGUUAGUCAAACCAGUGAGAGGAUAAGUAUGCCGUUUUCUGCUCAACCUGGAGCGAGGAUUUUGAGGGAAGGAGAGGAAGUUGGAGAUAUACCAACUGCUCUUGAACACUUUGUCGCUCCAUUGGAUAACAACUACCGACAAGGUCCAGUCGACCUCAACAUCGUCGUCACUACUCAAACUGUAGUGGAGAAAGAAUGA